AUGGAGGGCACUCCUGUGUACUCCAUCCUGAGUUCUGCCCUCCAUGACCCACGCCACUUUGAGAAGCCAGAUGCCCUCUACCCUGGCUGCUUCCUGGAUGCGCAGGGCAAGUUCAAGAAGCCACAAGUCUUCAUUCCAUCCUCCAUAAGAAAAUGCCUCUGUCUGGAUGAGAGUUUGGCCCACUCCCAGCCCUUCCUCAUCUUUACCUCCUUGCUGCAGAACUUCUCCUUGGGGUCUCAGAAGGCCCCUGAGGACAUUGACCUUACACCAAGGUGGUUCAAGCUCUACUCUGGCUUCUUGAAGUUCCUUCCUGGUGCUCACAGGCAAGUCUACAAAAACCUGCAGGAUGUCAACGCCUUCAUCGACCACAGUGUGGAGAAGAUCCGUGAAACCCUGGACCCCAAUGUGCCCCCCUACUUCCACCCUCCUCCUCCAGACUUCAUCGACUCCUACCUGCUCUGCUUGGAUACAGAGAAGUCCAACCCCAAUAGCAAGUGCCACGAGCGCAACCUCAUCAUCACUGCUCUGUCUCUCUUCUUCCCUGGCCCUGAGACCACCAGCACCACACUCCGCUAUGGACUCCUGUUCACACUCAUAUACCUCCACAUUGCAGAGAGAAUCCACAAGGAGAUUGAUCAGGUGAUUGGCUCAUAUCGCCCUCCAGCCCUGGAUGACAGAGCCCAAAUGCCACACACGGAUGCAGUCAUCUAUGAGAUUCAGAGAUUUGCGGACCUCAUCCCCAUUUGCGUGUCCCACAUGGUCACUAAAGACGCUCUUUUCCGAGGGUACAUCCUCCCGAGGGGCACAGCAGUCUAUCCCAUCCUGAGCUCUGCUCUCCAUGAUCCGGGUUACUUUGAAAAACCAGAUGCCUUCAACCCUGACCACUUUCUUGAAGGCAUUGCUUGCACAGACUUAUUCCUCUUCUUCACCAUCACCCUCCAGAACUUCUCCGUGGCCAGUCCCAUGACCUAUGAGGACAUUGACCAGACUCCCCAGGAGAGUGGAGUGGGCAGAGUGUCCCCAUUCUACAAGAUCCAGUUCCUGCACCAUCAAAGGAAGGAAGGCUACAGCUCACCCUGA